AUGGCCGUGGCUUCACCCCGACCAGCGAAGAGGCAGAGGAUUUCUGGCACGAUUAGUCCAGUAACCCCGUUAUCGCCCGAAGACGAAGGACUCGAACUUGGUCGCCUUGCAGGCAGCGGCGGCAGCAGCAGACUCUUGGACCGAGCCAUUGAAGUUCUCCGUGUGGAGGCUGACGCUCUCGCCAAGGUAGCUGAUUUGUACACGAAUGAUGUCCGCGCCAGGAAUGGAUUGGCCGCCGCCGUGGAUGCGAUCGUCAAAGCGCAGGAAUUGGACGGCAAAGUCGUCAUCUGCGGCGUUGGAAAGUCCGGCUACAYUGCCCAAAAGCUGACAGCGACUUGCAAAAGUCUGGGAAUCAGCGCCUCUUUCUUACACGCCAGCGAAGCCGUACAUGGAGAUUUGGGCGACAUCCGGAAACGGGAUGUGCUACUGUUCGUCUCUUUCAGCGGGAAAACGCCGGAGCUGCUCAACAUCCUGCCUCAUAUCCCCGAAUGUGUUCGAUUGAUUGCGAUGACUUCUCACCAUGAUCCCAUGCAGUGUCAGCUUUUGGCCAAACAGAAAGAUGGAAUUCUGCUCCCAACGCCUAUUCCCGUGCCGGAGGAAUCUUCCUUUGGAGUCCGAGCACCUACUACCUCAACUACGGUGGCACUCGCUGUGGCAGACAUGUUGGCCCUCACCAUCGCCGACGAGCUUCACCGAGAGAAUACAAAGUCUGUUUUCUUGCGCAAUCAUCCCGGUGGUGCGAUCGGGAUGAAUCACCGAGAGCUGGGGGAACUUCAACAGGCGAAGAAUGAUGUUUCUAUUGUCGAGCUGCCUAGCCCGAGCAUUUCUGCGGAAAGCGAAGACUGA